UCUCCUUCCUCGCUCAGAUUUAGGGUUCAAAAUCCCCAAACCCUAACUUUCACGUUCCCUCUCUCUCUCUCUCUCUCUCUCUCUCUCCCCAAUUAUUUUUAUUUUUAGAAAUUUUUGGGAAGUUGGGAGGCCUUUCCUUCAGCGCGUGCGGUUAUUGAUCUGCGCGUGAAGGUCACGCCCCACCCGAUUCAUGGUUUCCACCUCACCGGAAUUGAAGAUUUCGAAUUCGGUACGUCCAUGGCGUCCGCUGUCUUAGCCAGAACCACCAGCACCACCAACAACAGAGCAGGCGGAGGAUUCAUGGGCAAAGUCCCUUUCUCAAACCCUAACCCCAAUUUCACCACCAAAAAACGGCAGCAACAGCAACAGUCGCAUCCAAUUGGGGGUAAAAUCAUCGUUGAGGAAUCCCCGGACGUGACGCAAUCGGCAGCCUCAGACGAUGCUUCGUCAAUCAACCACCGAAGACACACCUCCACCAGUACCGAAUUUAACAACGUUCAAUACUUGAGCUUCAACGUCGCAUCCUUAUCGAAGAAGCAGCUCGGCGACCUUAAGACCCGUCUGGCCGCCGAGCUUGACCAGAUUCGCGAACUCAAACACCGCCUCGAAUCCCAUUCAACACCCAAUCACACCCAUGCGCCGCCGCCUUCGAAGAAAUCGAAAAAAUUAUCGGGCAAGAAGCGUCCCUUGCCGGGCAAUCUGAAUCAGAAGAACCAGAAUCCGAGCCCGAAUUUGAUUUCGUCAAAUGCCAACAACGUGAACAGGAGCAUGAACCUGAUGUCCAUGAAGGCGUGCAAGGAUAUACUGACGAAGCUGAGAAAGCACAAGAGCGGGUGGGUAUUUAACGAGCCGGUGGAUGUGGUGGGCAUGGGGCUUCACGAUUACCACGACAUAAUCAAGCAGCCCAUGGAUUUGGGGACCGUUAAGUCAAGGCUUGGUAGGAAUCUCUACCAGUCUCCGUUGGAUUUCGCCGCUGAUGUGAGGCUGACCUUCACCAAUGCCUUGACCUACAACCCCAAGGGCCACACCGUGCACGCCAUGGCCGAGCUGCUACUGGCCAGAUUUGAGGAGUUGUUUCGCCCUUUCAGCGAGAAAAUCGAUCGGAUUGAUGAAGAAGAGGGAGAAAAACGGAUUUUCGAUACGGAGGAAGAAUUGCAAGCGAGCGAUAAUAAUAAUACUAAUUCGAUGCAAAUUGCGGAGCGAUCGGAUCGGGUUUCGGAUCAUUCUGAACCGUUGCAGAAGCUCCACGCAAGCUCAUCGAAUCGUCAGAUGGUGCAGUCUCCAGUGAAAACGCCACCAGUGAAACCGGUGAAGCAGCCGAAGCCGAAGGCAAAGGAUCCAAACAAGAGGGAGAUGAGUCUGGAGGAGAAGCACAAAUUGGGGAUCGGGUUGCAGAGUCUGCCUCCAGAGAAGAUGGAACAAGUCGUGCAGAUAAUAAGGAAGAGAAACGGGCAUUUGAAGCAGGAUGGUGAUGAGAUAGAGCUCGAUAUUGAGGCCGUGGACACCGAGACACUUUGGGAGCUAGAUCGACUCGUCACCAAUUGGAAGAAGAUGGUCAGCAAGAUCAAACGCCAAGCUCUCAUGGGAAACUACGCCAAAAAUAAUGGGGAGCUACCUGUGAGCAGCGAGAAGAUUGAAGCUGUGGCUAGUGAGGCGAAGAAGUCGAAGAAAGGAGGGGAAGUUGGGGAGGAAGAUGUGGACAUUGGGGACGAGAUGCCGAUGAGUAAUUUCCCGCCGGUGGAGAUCGAGAAAGAUGUUGGUGGACACGGGAGUAGUAGUAGUUCUAGCAGCUCCAGCAGUUCAGACAGUGAUUCCUCGUCAAGUGAUUCAGAUUCAGGGAGUUCUUCUGGGAGUGAUUCGGACGCCGAUAAUGCACAGUCAUGAGGUUGCAUUGAAUUAAUUGAAAUGGUCUCCCAAGAGUGGAAUCAAGUGGAGAGGUGGAUCAGAAAUUUCCCAUUUUUGGGAAAUGUUUGUUUUGUUGGACAAGGGGAUGGGUGUUAAACUCGGUGAAGUGUGAUAUUCUGUUUCAAGCUUUUGGAGAGAUUGAUGGAACUGGAAGUCUGUAUCUGUGAGUGGGCAUUUUGGCUGUGGCGCGAGGAAUAUGUGAAAAGGAACCCUUGAGUUGGGCCAAAAAAAAAACAAGUUUGUAGGUCAGAUGUUAAGAUAACUUCAGUGUGUGAAAAAAAAUGGUUAGGGAUUAGAAGAAGGUAGAGAGAGAGAGAGAGAGAAUUAGAGGAUUGAGAGAUACCAUUGUACACAUUACCCGCAUUAAUACAUGAUUUUUCUCA